AUGAAGACGGUACUACAUCUCCUCGUGGGCUCUCUCGUCCUCCAGAGCGCAUCCAGCUGUCCCUCAAUUGGACACUACACGGCAAGCACAGAUACCACAUCAUCCCACUCAAACAGUAACCGUACCUCCGCCACCUUCCAGAAGCGCGGCUACCCAGUCGUCAAAUCAAGCGUCUGGCCUAAUGCCAAGAUAACCUACUGCUUCGCCGAUCCUAACGCCCGCAGCAAACUGAAAAGCAUUGUCCCCAAAGCCUGGGGCAUGUGGCUGAACGCCGGGGCCAGCGCCAAGUUCGAGAUGGAAGAGGGCGAGACCACCUACUGCACCGUCGCAAACCGCGACAGCUACCUGCUCAUCAGCUACAACGACGAGCACAAGCUGGUGACCACGCCUGGCAGCAUUGCGGGCCUAGGCCAGGACGGCCCCUCCAUGACGCUCGAUCCCAGCGAUGGCUUCGGAACCGGGAAGGGAAUGAGCAAUAUCGCGCACGAGAUCGGGCACGCUUGGGGGUUACUGCACGAGCAUCAGCGGCCGUCGCUAUGGACGAGAGAUUUCGGGGGCACGGGGCAGCGGAAUGUGUUUGCGUUCAACUGUCAGAACCUGAAGGACUACGCCGCGAUCGCAGCGAAAGGGAACGAUAUGGAUCGGGCGUGCCAUUACAUGCAGUCGGCGGUGACGGCGAACGGGGGUCCGUUCUCAGCGCUGGACAUGCUCCCGGAUAAUCGGGGGAGGGAUUCGGGGACGGCGGAUGUGGUGGACUGGGAUUCGAUUAUGAUUUACGGGUCGACUGCAGGCGCUGCGACGGCUAAUGGGCAGUUGCUAAACACGCUCACCAAGGCGGAUGGCACGACCUACGGUUAUAACACGUGGCCGUCUAUUGGGGAUGUGAAUACGCUGAAUACGUUGUACGCCGACGAGCUGGACCCCAAGAAGAUGAGCAAGCUGAAAAUGUACUGGAACAAGGCGAGCCCCAAGCAUGGGCUGUUCUUGUCGCGCAACAAGGAUUCUUCGUCUUCCUGUCAAUAG